UUUUGAAAAGCAGUCGAGCAACUUCCGACUGUUUGUGUCUUCUGAUGUUUAACAGGAAAGCGAAGGGCUACGGUACACUACCAUUAAUUUCAGCAUUUUGGGGGAAAUGGGGGCUUGUCUAGCCUUGUGCUCUUUAGCCAGCUGUGCCUCCUGUCUGUGUGGCUCAGCACCAUGCCUUCUGUGUGGCUGCUGUCCGUCCUCCAAUAACUCCACCGUCACACGGCUGGUUUUCUCAUUCUUUUUGCUGCUGGGGACCUUGGUGUCUGUCAUCAUGAUUCUUCCUGGAAUGGAGACACAGCUCCGUAAAAUCCCAGGAUUUUGCCAGGGAGGAACUGCUAUACCUGGGGUCGAAAAUAAGGUUAACUGUGAUGUCAUUGUGGGCUACAAGUCUGUGUACCGUAUGUGCUUCGCCAUGACCUGCUUCUUCUUUCUGUUCUUUGCCAUCAUGAUUCGUGUCCGUAGCAGCAAAGACCCACGUGCAGCUAUUCAAAAUGGGUUCUGGUUCUUUAAGUUUCUGAUCCUGAUUGGGAUUACAGUGGGAGCUUUUUUCAUCCCUGACGGAACAUUUCAUACUGUGUGGUUUUACUUCGGAGUGGUGGGAUCCUUCAUCUUCAUUUUAAUCCAACUUAUUCUUCUCAUCGACUUUGCCCACUCUUGGAACAAGGUGUGGGUAGAAAAUGCUGAAAAUAGUGACAACAAAUGCUGGUUUGCAGGCCUGCUGUCUUUCACCUUCCUCCACUACGCCCUGGCUAUCACUGCUGUGGUGCUUUUCUACGUUUACUACACACAGCCUGACGACUGUACAGAGCACAAGGUCUUCAUCAGCCUCAACCUUAUCUUCUGCAUCCUCAUCUCCAUUGUCUCCAUCCUACCCAAGAUACAGGAAGCUCAGCCACACUCCGGUUUGCUGCAGGCUUCACUCAUCUCCCUCUACACCAUGUAUGUCACUUGGUCUGCAAUGACCAACAAUCCAGAUCGAAAGUGUAACCCCAGCCUGUUGAGUCUAGUGUCAAACGUCAGCACCACUGAACCAUCUGGUGACAGCACCCCAGGAGCGGUGCAGUGGUGGGAUGCUCAGGGCAUUGUUGGUUUGAUCAUCUUCAUCUUCUGCACUCUCUAUGCCAGUAUUCGUUCGUCCAGUAACACCCAAGUAAACAAGCUGAUGCAGACAGAGGAGGGCAGAGGGUCAGGUGGAGAGGGUGUGGUGGGAGAGGACGGCAUACGCAGGGCCGUGGACAAUGAGGAGGAGGGAGUCACUUACAACUACUCCUUUUUCCACUUCCACCUCUGUCUGGCCUCUCUAUACAUCAUGAUGACUCUCACCAACUGGUACCAGCCAGACACCACCACCCAGACCAUGCAGAGCAGUAUGCCAGCUGUGUGGGUGAAGAUGAGCUCCAGCUGGCUGGGCCUUGGGCUCUACCUCUGGACCCUCAUCGCCCCUCUUAUUUUCCCUGACAGGGAUUUCAGCUGAGCACUCCUUGUCUUUUAGCUGUAUUUGGUUGUUUUGUUUUUUUUGCCUAGUGUAUUAGGCGGUGUGAAGGAUGCUAUAAAGGAAAUAGGAAGGAUAUUAUAACGGAAAUACAUUUCAUUUCUUUUUAUUCUUUUUUCAACUUAUUGCCUCUGCUGGUAUUGUGUUUCUGUUGUUUUACUCCUCUCAGUAUGAUUGUUUAGUGUGAUAAUCACUACAGAUAUUUGAAAGUAUAAGUGGAUUUAUUUUUAGUUAGCCUGAAUGAUGAUGGUUUUGGCUACAAGAAGUUAUUUCUUUGCCAGUGACUCACCUUGAUAGGCAACACCCUACCUUCCACCUGAUGUGGUUGUGAUAUGACGGUAUGAGCUCCAUUAUGUUUUUGCUUAAUUUUAGUUGCUGGAUUAUCACAAAGGCUCAGCAACAGAGCGCUUUCUCAAUACUUCAGACAUUUCUGUUACGGAUCCCCUUUUAAAGGCCUGUGUCAUCACGCUUCUCUGAUUGGCCAGGUCUGGAAUCCCCCUGAUUAGCUGGACUGUUUUAGUUCUGGGGGCAACGAGGAGAACCCUUCUUGGGAGCCCCAGAGUGAGGUGAGUGUGAGAGCUAGAUAAGACUAAUAUGACACACCCUACACAUCAUAACCGGGCUUCCCUCCUUGGCUGUAUGCAAAUCUACAUCAUUACACUUUGGGCCAGAGUCCUAAUAGAUCAUCAGUCUAAUCUCAGCUCUUCCUUGUCUACUCCCAACAAAGGGUAAUUAAUCUCCGGUGCUAUGCCUUUCCAUGUCUGACUGUGUUUGGCCUUGUACAGCCACGGGCAACAAUCUGUACCUGUAUAGCAGUCUGUUUGCAGCAGGGAGACAUGUAUUGAUCCAUAGCAGUCAGCAUCAUGUGAUGUGCAGAGGUAUGGUUCAGGAGGUGAUAGCGUGAACUCCACAUUACCUGUGCUCUCACAAAUGCAAUUUUUUCCAGAAGGUUGCAGAUCGUUGUUAUCGAGUUAACAAGAAAGGGAUUUUUAAUAGUUGUAGUGUACAAAACAAUAACGACGCAUUUCAGAAAUUACAAAUUGCUGUUAAAUGGUAUUGACUUUCAUAAUAUGUUGAUGGUUGUAAUGGUGGUACAGUAAGUUUAUGCAUUACAUAGUAGUUACCUCAAAUUUUACCCAAAAUGAAUGGACUGAGUUAAAAUAAGACCAGUAUAUUUUGUACUUUUUUUUUUUUUUUGGUACAAUCCUGAAAAUGUUAUCCUUUGUCUAUGUUGUGUUCAUCUCAAACACAACCCGCACUUAUGAAUCAGAUUUCCUGUUUCUCUGUCUGCGUAUGAGUAUUGUGAAUGAAGUUUGAAGUGUUGUGAUGAAUUGAGGUCUUUAGUUUUAUAUUAAUUUUGUUUCAAAAACAUGUCAAAUGUAUUGUACAUUUUACCAUUAGCGCCCUACUAAGGAGAUUAUUUAGGCAGAAUUGCCAGUGUUCGAUCAUAACAUGUAAUAUUUCAAAACACUAAUAAGUGCCUUUUUGUAGUCCUGCGUUUCAAAAAGAAUUUGACACUACUGCUGACGUGUGAUUAUGCCUUGCCUUACAUUUUGAGUCAGUCAUUGCAUGCCAAUAAGGCAUAGGCCUAUGAUGACAGGAUUUAAUAUUGUAAUUAAUGUAUAAACACUGUUUUAAAUAAAGAUGGGAAUCUGUCUCUCA